AUGACUGAAAUUAAUAACAAGUCUGUUAUAAAUGAAGCAAUGGUUAAAGAUAAUAUCAGCGGAGCUGGAACGACCAAUGUUCACCUGUCUCAAGAAUUACGUGAAAGUAUUGAAACAGUGAUCAA